AUGCCGCAGUCGAACGACGUUCUCCUGGUGCAGUAUGCGGAUGACACAUCUAUCUUGGUCCCUGUCUCAUCGUCUGAUAACUCCUGUGUCCACCUGCAAGACUACCUCACCCAUGUUUCCCAGUGGGUUCACCUAACCAAUAUGCUGGAGAGCGUCCAGCACCGUGCCACCCGGACAUUGUUCACCGACCUCGGCUGCAGCCGCGAAGCACUUCCACGGUAUGAGGCACGACUGCAACGCCUUGAAUGGCAGACGCUCCAGCAGCGGCGCACUGUCGCCCGGAUAGGCUUUCUCUGCCGCUGCCUCGAUGGAUCCCUUGACGACUCCUACAUCAGCUCAGUCGUCCGCUACAGCAAGCGAACGGCGCAUGUCUGGAGCGAAACGCCGCCCGCGGUCAUUGCAAAUUCUUUCCGGCACAGCGGCUUUGUCCACCCUGACGACUCGGAUAUUCCUCCAGAGGCCACUCCAGAGGACACCCGCGACCCCACUGGAAAUGUGGAUGACGAGGAGGAAACUGUCUGCACUCGCGUCUGCGAUGUGCACUGCCGUGCUAAAUGCAACGUUGCAUGGACCGUGCAGCCUGACCGUCAGACGCUGAUGUGGAGCGCCACCUGGCCCAAGGAGGUGCGCUCGCUGGCGGAGGACUUCCUCAAGGACUACGUGCAGAUCAACAUCGGGGCGCUGCAGCUGUGUGCCAACCACCGCAUCCUGCAGAUCAUCGACGUCUGCCAGGAGUCCGAGAAGGACACCAAGCUCCUCAAGCUGCUGCAGGAAAUUAUGAACGAGCGUGAGAACAAGACCAUAAUAUUUGCCGAGACCAAGCGUAAGGUGGACGAGCUGACGCGCAGGAUGAGGCGCGAUGGUUGGCCUGCCAUGUGUAUCCACGGGGACAAGUCACAGCCGGAACGGGACUGGGUGCUUGGAGAGUUCCGAAGUGGGAAGUCUCCAAUCCUGGUCGCCACCGAUGUUGCCGCCCGAGGAUUGGAUGUGGAUGACAUCAAGUUUGUCAUCAACUAUGACUACCCGAACUGCUCGGAGGACUACGUGCACCGCAUUGGGCGGACGGCCCGCUCCAACAAGACUGGCACGGCGUACACCUUCUUUACGCCGGGCAACUCCAAGCAGGCCCAGGAGCUCAUCUCGGUGCUCAAGGAGGCCAACCAGGUGGUGAACCCCAAGCUGUUUGAGAUGUUCGAGAUGUCCCGCUCCUACGGAGGACGCGGUGGUCGCAACCGCUGGCGCACCUCGGGUGGCGGCGGCGGUCGCAGGAACGACUACGAUGACGACGACCGACACGGAGGGCGCCGCUAUGCCACAGGUGCCAACGCCUACAACCCAGGCAACAAUGACUACAGCACAUCCAACUCAGAGCUGCCAAACAGCAACUACGGAUACGGCAUUUCAAACUCGAACCAGUCGUCGCACCAGUCGUCGCACCAGUCGUCACACCAGCCAUCGCACCAGUCUUCACACCAGUCGUCGUCACACAGCAACUCGGGCGCUGCAUCUGGCAUGGGUAGCGGCGGCGGAGGUGGAUCGAUGAUGGCGAUGACAGCGAUGGGACACAUGGCUCCCAUGACACCCAUGAUGGGGCAGAUGACGCACAUGAUGCCCGUCAUGCACAUGCCCAACGGCCAGUCGUACAUGAUGGCGGCACCCAUGCAGCAGUCGGGACAGCAACAGUCGGGGCAGCAACAGUCGUCGCAGCCACAGCAGCAGUCCGGACAGCAACAGAUUCCCCACAGUCUGCUGGGUCCGCCACCCCCACCCCCACCACCGCCGGGCGUCACUAACGGCGCAGCGUGGUAGAAGCUGUUGUGCUGCGAGCUGGACUCUCUUUGUUUUUAUUUUUCCACCUCAUGGUUUUUAGAUAUAUGUGCAGCAUUAGAGACAGCUGCAGUGGCGCCAGUGUGUUGCAUUCGGUUGCACCCAGUGAAGUUGAGGCACUCUAUACCCUGUGCUUUUGGAAGACUCGAAAAAUUAAGACAGUUGUGACUUGACGGAGCUCUCGCUUGGCUGUCCUGUCAUCUGUGGUGGCCAGAGCAGACACUUCCAUUUGACAGCCCUCGUUUUUGGUGUGGCCAGAGGUGUUGACAAAGACGGGGGCAUGAGCACGACAACUGUUUCAUCACUCCUGGAAAGAGUGAAAGCUUCAAGAUGGGUGGGGGAGUCAAUGUUUGUUUUUUAGCCAGAAUUGACGCAGCCGCCUUGACGGUGGGUUGACGCUGCAUUGGUGAUGUGGACAUGGUAGUAGCCGUGAUGUUGCUGCCUGUAUAGUAUGCGUGUCUGCAUUUCACCGCUAGCAGAGGUCUGCAGCAUCAAGCUAUUUAUUGUUUGAAAAAAUGAUAGAGCGGCUGCCACUGUAGAGCCCACACCUUGAGGGCAGCACUGGCAUCAGCUGAAUGCAGGGUAAAGUACUGCGCGUGUUGCAACUUUUUGCUCCCAAAUGAACGAAUGCGCUUGUCAAGCAUAGCCUAUCACAUGUCGCGUCUUUAUUCACUUAAUUUUUUCUCAAAGAAAUGUUUGUUAUCUAUAAAUAAGGCAAAUAUUUUGUCGGCUAUUUCAUAAAUAAUUAAUCCUGCAUUCGCUAUUCCUUUAACGAGGCAGAUGAUGCAGCUGCUUUUGAGGUAAAGGCUGCCAGGAAAACCUGCAGAUUUUUGUCUGGGUUGACGACCAUUUGGCUUGAAUGCUUCUGGGGUGUGGUAUCUUUCUUGCAACGCAUUUCGAUUUCUUCUCGCAUUGUUAACCCACUCUGCCGACGAUGUUCCUUGCUAUGGACGAAGCUGUGGCUAAAGUUGUCAUCUCUGCGAGAUACGCGAACCUCUCUUUUGUUUUUGAUUCUUGGUCACUUCUGUUACAAAUGACUUGUCUUCUGCAGAAAAUCCUGAAGUGUUGUUUGAAACAAUCUUGGCAUUGUGUUCAGCAUUAUGUCCUUGCUACAUUUUUUUUGCGUAGAUGCGGUCAAUGGCUGCACUUCAGUAAUGACGAUUUCUUCUCCAAGCAAAUUUUCGAUGCCCCUGUGCUGCCGGUUUACACGGUGCAUAUUUCCAUUGUAUCGUAAACAACCGCGUCAGUACAUUGUAGACAUUUGUCAUGAAUGCCCUGUUGUAAGAGCAAUUUUUCAUUUUCUUUUUUUUUGCAUACCACAAGCUUUUUACAAGCUUGGAACAUUAGCAUUUCCUUGCCUUAGUUUUUUCAAAGUGCAAUGUUGUUGUUAUUGUGUUCCUCAUCUGUGGUGAGAACAGCAGUUCAAAAUAAAUACCCCCUGGUGCCAUUCAAUGCCUGCAUUUCUCGCCUGCUGGCAGUAAAAUAAAAAAAAAAUUAAAAAA